UAUCAGUUAACCUCUAUCAAACCACAUCACAUUCACCAUGUCUUUCCUUUUCGGCGGUCAGCCCAAGAUGUCCUCGGAGAUGAAGCUCGCUCAGGCCGAGACCGAAGUCGAGAUGAUCUCUGACAUGUUCAACCGUUUGAACGAGUCCUGCACCAAGAAGUGUGUCCCCGUCGACUACCGUGAGGGUGACCUGAACAAGGGCGAGUCCGUCUGCCUCGACCGUUGUGUCUCCAAGUUCUUCGACGUCAACAUCAAGGUUAGCGAGAAGAUGCAGGGUGAUGCCGCUCAGAAGCAGCAGGCUUUCGGCAUGUAAAGUGACAUAGCUUUACAACUUGACGCGCGGGAG